AUGGCAGCUGCAGCGCAAGAAGCAAAUAUGGCUGUAUGGCAUGAUCGAGAAAUUCGAUUUGAUGUUCAUCCGAAUGAUAUAAAAUGUCGAUCAGGUGAAUUUAUUAUUGACACACUUAGUUCAGUUGAAGAUACAAAAGGAAAUAAUGGUGACAAGGGGAAGCUGACUAUUACUAAUAUUCGUCUUAUCUGGCAUAGUCAUGCAUCAGCACGUAUCAAUCUUUCUAUUGGUCUUUAUUGCAUUGUUACAAUUACUGUUCGAAAUGCUAAAUCUAAACUUCGUGGUAGUACUGAAUCGUUAUAUCUUCUAACAAAAUCAGGUUCAUCACGUUAUGAAUUUAUUUUCACUAAUCUUGUUGCUGGUUCAAGUGCAAUGCUUAAUUCGGUUGUUGCUGUUCAUAAAGCAUAUGAUUCUACACGUCUUUAUCGUGAAAUUCGUCUGCGAUCAUCAUUACUUAAUAAAGGUCAAUUACGUCUUUUACCUAAAGAACGUUUACAUAAUCGAUAUAAUGGAGUUUGGAAUCUUUCAUCUGAUCAAGGUAAUCUAGGUAUUUUCCAUAUAACAGAUGUUCGUCUUAUCUGGCAUGCCGAAUUAAAUGAAAAUUUUAAUGUUAGUGUACCAUAUUAUCAAACGAAAACUAUUAAAAUUCGUGAUUCAAAAUUUGGUUUAGCACUUGUUGUUGAAACAACACCAUAUAGUGGAAAUUAUUUACUUGGUUUUCAAAUCGCACCGGAAGAAAAACUACGAGAAGUGCAUAAAGAAAUUACUACACUUCAUAAGAGUUAUUUUGCAAAUCCAGAAUUUGGUGUAGAAUUUUCAAUAGAAGAUCAACAAUCUGAUCAACCAGCAACACGUUUAGAAAGUAAAGUAGAUGAUAUCGAAAUCUUACAAAGUCGAGAACAUACAGAUUCAUAUGCAACAUAUUUAACUGAUGCAGGUAAACGUGAUCGGGACCCUGUUUAUUCAGAUGAACUUGGAUUGGCUAUUGAAAAAUUACCACAAGGAUAUACUUUGAGUAGUCUUUGGGAUAUUCUCUCUUAA